GCAUACAAAGUUUCCGCAUAAUCCAGACCAUACUUACCGAUAUCCAAGCGGUGUUCAGCACUUACAGAAAACUGAACAAAAAAGUUUCUUUUUUCAUUGCAUUCAAAGCUUCAGAAAACUGGUUUGUUUCAUCCAUUAAGGUAGCCCAAAUGCAUUUAAUUUGUAGUCUCACUCCAGUUCGUAAACUGAAGACGUGAGGAAUAAUCAAGAGAAUGGAAAUUUUCUGCAAAAGAAUAUUUAAUUUUGAGAAUAUUGUCACAAGUUUUCAGUAUUUUAUAAGAUAUCAACUAAUUAAAAUCCAACCAUGAAGAAAUCGUUAUUAAUAAAAUAUUAUUAUUACAAUUUUCUAAAACAUUUACCUUUACGGAUCCUCAUUAAAAAUAUAAUUAGUUGAACGGAUUAAACUUUCAAAUUAUAUUUGGAAAAUGCUCAUCCUUUGAAAUUUAAAUCCCCUCUUUAUAUUCUUCUCAUACCAUGAAAUUUAUCCUGAUAAGUUCGAUUGUUCUCUUGUGGUCAAAAUUGAACGAGAUCGAUUUGAUCCGUCAGAUUGGUGAGGAGUAUCCAGAAAUUAGAUGGCCCAUGACAUCCACCGAUAGAAAGAUUUGUUACGACCAGUUUGACGCCAUGGGAGAGAAGCAAAAUCCUGACACGGGACUAUCAAUUGACCAACUUCUUACCCGACAUGGAUAUCCAGUCCAACGAAUCAAUGUCACCACAGAGGACGGAUACAUUCUUGGCGUUUAUAGAAUACCCUUCAGCCCAAAAUCCUCCAUUGGCGUGGCUAAGAAAGCCGUUCUUUUACAACACGGCCAAGGUGCUAACGGAUUGGCUUGGCUUGUUCAAAGUGGUCCAAGAAAUUUAGCUGACCGUGGUUUUGACGUAUUUAUCUUAAAUGCAAGAGGAAACACUUACUCACAAGGUCACGUGGAUCCUGCAAUGACACCGGAUAACGUAAAAUAUUGGGAUUUUAGUUUCCACGAAAUGGGAAUUUACGACUUGUCCGCAAUAAUUGAAAUGGUGACGGAAACGACCGGAAAUAACGCCAUGUUCUAUGUCGGUCAUUCUAUGGGAACAGCCAUGUUGGCUGUCUUGUUAUCUACCCGGCCAGAAUAUAAUACCCGCACCCUGACCGGAUUUCUUCUCUCGCCUGCCAUACAAUUCGGACGGACGGCCCCACAACUGAAAUUCUUUACGAGGGGGAGCAAUUAUUUUCAGUAUUUUUUCAAUAAAUUUCUCCAAGGAAAAUACGAAGGGAACAAAAUCAUUGAAAAAUAUACGGGAAAAAGGCCAGAAUAUCUUUGCGCGAAAAAACGAGAUGCUUGUGGAUGCAACCAAAUCCGCCUUAAAAUUCCCCAAUUUAAAAGAAUUUAACCAAAUAGACGACCCUCUUUUUACCCACCUUGAUUUCGCAAUUGCUAAAGAUGCCGACAUUUUACUCUACAAUCACAUCCUGACCAUCAUGACCAACGCAACGUAUGAAUAAUUGCGAACAUAGAAUUUUAAGUAUUUAUGCAUGCAUGUAAACUGUGUAAAUUAAUGCAAAUACUUUUUUACAAUUAUUUAAAUAAAUAUUUUACUUCGUAAUAUUUAACUACUGUUUGUAUCCAAUAUUUAUUUAAUGAUUAAAUUAGAAAUUUAUAAAUGAAGUAUUUACAAUUGUACGAUUUUGUGAAAAUGAAAUUAUUUAGGGAUCAGAUUCAUGAAACUGUAUCAUUAUGCAUGGAAAAUGUGCAAGCUUAAGUUUGCACAAUUUUUUUGCAAAAUGUUUGUUACCCGGAUUCCCCGAAACGGAUCGAUUUCUCGUACCACUGCAGAACCCGAGUAAAUAUUUAGAAUGACUUUUCUCAUCUGGUUUUCUAUUGACACAAGUAUUGUACCGUAGAUUUUUAGGGUUAACGAGUACAUUAAUUAAUCCUCAAAUAUUUGUUGAAAAGUUAAUUAUUUUCAGUGAUGUUGCUAAAAUUUCAAGCUAACAAAUACACGAGGUUGCAUCGUGCUUUGCAACUUUCUCACUAAAACAGUUACAAAUUAUGCAACUUGACUUGCAAAUAAAGUUGCACACCUUUAUUCCAAUA